AUGAAGUACUCCAAGUCUUUGAUAAUGGCCCUUGUGGCCUUCGGCUCGACCCUCGUCGCCGGUGCCGACGUCUCAGACGUUCACCAACUCAAGACCGACACCUUUGAGGAGUUUGUCAAGAGCAACGAGAUUGUCCUUGCCGAGUUCUUUGCCCCGUGGUGCGGCCACUGCAAGGCUCUGGCUCCCGAGUACGAGGAGGCUGCCACGACGCUCAAAGAGAAGAACAUCAAGCUGGCCAAGAUCGACUGCACAGAGGAGGCCGAGCUCUGCCAACAGUACGGUGUCGAAGGCUACCCGACACUCAAGAUCUUCCGCGGCACCGACAACAUCAGCGCCUACAAGGGCCAGCGCAAGGCUGCUGCCAUUACUUCGUACAUGAUCAAGCAGUCGCUGCCCGCCGUCUCGACCGUCACCAAGGACAACCUCGACGAGUUCAAGAAGGCCGACAAGGUCGUCCUGGUCGCCUACCUCAAGGCCGAUGACAAGGCCUCCAACGAGACCUUCACCAAGGUCGCCGAGAAGCUCCGCGACAACUACCCCUUCGGUGCCAGCAGCGAUGCUGAGCUCGCCGAGGCUGAGGGCAUCACCGUGCCGUCCAUCGUCCUGUACAAGGACUUUGACGAUGGCAAGGCUGUCUUCUCCGAGAAGUUUGACGACGCGGCGAUUGAGAAGUUCGCCAAGACGGCCGCCACCCCGCUGAUCGGCGAGGUCGGCCCCGAGACAUACUCUGACUACAUGUCGGCGGGCAUCCCCCUGGCGUACAUCUUUGCCGAAACCGCCGAGGAGCGCAAGGAGCUGGCUGAUGAGCUGAAGCCCAUUGCCGAGGCCCACCGUGGUGUCGUCAACUUCGCGACGAUUGACGCCAAGGCUUUCGGUGCGCACGCCGGCAACCUGAACCUGCCCACGGACAAGUUCCCCUCGUUCGCCAUCCAGGAGACGGUCAAGAACCAGAAGUUCCCCUUUGACAUUGAGGCCAAGAUCACCAAGGACGCGAUCAAGAAGUUUGUCGACGACUUUGUCGCCGGCAAGGUCGAGCCCAGCAUCAAGUCGGAGCCGAUCCCCGAGAAGCAGGAGGGUGUUACCAUUGUUGUGGCCAAGAACUACAACGACAUUGUCCUGGACGACACCAAGGAUGUCCUGGUCGAAUUCUACGCCCCGUGGUGCGGUCACUGCAAGGCCCUGGCGCCCAAGUACGACGACCUGGCUGCGCAGUACGCUGCCUCCGAGUUCAAGGACAAGGUCGUCAUUGCCAAGGUGGACGCCACGGCCAACGAUGUGCCGGACGAGAUCCAGGGCUUCCCGACGAUCAAGCUGUUCCCCGCUGGCAGCAAGGACGAGCCCAUCACCUACUCGGGCUCGCGCACGGUCGAGGAUCUGAUCAAGUUCAUCAAGGACAACGGCAAGUACGAGGCCGAGCCCGGCCCGGCCGCCGAGGAGGAUGUUUCGGAGAGCAGCGCGACGUCGGCUUCUUCGUCGACCAAGACGGAGGAGGCGAAGGAGGAGAAGAGCAAGCACGACGAGCUGUAG